AUGGCAACUCCUAGAGAACAUAGUAUUCUUUUCACAUUGACAAUUUGUCUCAUUGCUGCUACAUUGGCUGCCGCAGAUUACGGCGACAAUCAUUACUACCACAAGUCUCCUCGUCAUCAUCAUAAGUCGCCUUCGUCGUGGCAGCCUCCAUAUCAUUACAAAUCUCCCCCACCGCCGACGUAUAUUUAUAAAUCUCCACCCCCACCUUCUUACGUUUAUAAAUCUCCACCUCCACCAUCCUACAUUUACAAGUCACCACCUCCACCUGCAUAUGUGUACUCUUCCCCUCCUCCACCUCCUUAUGUUUACAAGUCUCCUCCUCCACCUGCAUAUGUAUAUUCUUCCCCUCCUCCACCACCUCCAUAUGUGUACUCAUCCCCUCCUCCACCAUCUUACGUUUACAAGUCACCUCCUCCACCCGCAUAUGUGUACUCUUCUCCUCCUCCACCAUCAUACGUUUACCAAUCUCCUCCUCCACCUUCUUACAUUUACAAGUCACCUCCUCCACCUGCAUAUGUGUACUCUUCUCCUCCUCCACCUUCAUACGUUUACAAGUCACCUCCUCCACCUGCAUAUGUGUACUCUUCCCCUCCUCCACCAUCUUACGUUUAUAAGUCACCUCCUCCACCCUCAUACAUUUACAAGUCACCUCCUCCACCUGCAUAUGUGUACUCUUCUCCUCCUCCACCUUCAUACGUUUACAAGUCACCUCCUCCACCUGCAUAUGUGUACUCUUCUCCUCCUCCACCUUCAUACGUUUACAAGUCACCUCCUCCACCUGCAUAUGUGUACUCUUCCCCUCCUCCACCAUCUUACGUUUACAAGUCACCUCCCCCACCCUCAUACGUUUACAAGUCACCUCCUCCAUCUGCAUAUGUGUAUUUUUCCCCUCCUCCACCAUCUUACGUUUACAAGUCACCUCCUCCACCUUCAUAUAUUUACUCUUCUCCUCCACCACCUUCAUAUGUUUACAAGUCACCUCCUCCACCUGCAUAUGUAUACUCUUCUCCUCCUCCACCAUCUUAUGUUUACAAGUCACCUCCUCCACCCUCGUACAUUUACAAGUCACCUCCUCCACCAUCUUAUGUUUACAAGUCACCUCCUCCACCCGCAUAUAAGUAUUCUUCCCCUCCUCCACCGUCUUAUGUUUACAAGUCACCUCCCCCACCAUCAUACGUUUACAAGUCACCUCCUCCACCUGCAUAUGUCUACUCUUCCCCUCCUCCACCGUCUUACAUUUACAAGUCUCCUCCUCCACCGUCUUACGUUUAUAAGUCAACUCCUCCUCCGAGUGUUUAUUGA